CCCGGCAGGCGCCCGGCCGCGGCCCGGGGCCGCCUGAGCGCGGUCCGCCGGGGCAGGCCGCGGAGCAGCCCCCGCCGCGGGGCCUGUCAGGCGGCGGAGCCCCGCGGGCGGCGGGCCCGGCUGGAGAGCGGGGGCAUGGCGGCGCGGAGCCAGGCCUCCCUGCGGCGCCGGCUGCAGAGCUCGCAGGAGGCGCAGCACCGGCAAGCGGUGCUGGUGCGGAAGCUGCAGGCGAAGGUCCUGCAGUACCGGACUUGGUGUCGAGAGUUGGAGCAGCAGCUGGAAGCAGGAGGGGGAUCCCUUCCAGGCAGGCGGGAAGCCACAGAAGACCACAGCCUGAAGAAAGCACUGCUUCAGUUGGAAGAGGAGCAGCAAAGGUGCGAGAAUCUGGCAGAAGUGAACACUCUCCUGCGGGAGCAGCUCGGUAAAGCGAAUGAGGUUAAUUCAGCCCUCAAAGAAGAUGUUGGAAAACUGACGGCAGAUUGGAUGAGGGCCCGGGAGGAGCUGGAAUUGACGGAGAGUGAAUGGCGCGGUGAACGUGAGCUUUAUGACAGCUGCUUAAGGGGUGAACACAGCCGUCUGCUCAGCCUGUGGCGUCAGGUGGUAACCUUCCGCCGUCAUUUCCUGGAAAUGAAGACCGCCACUGACCGAGAUUUGUCAGAGCUGAAGACAGAGCAACUGAGGCUUUCUGGAUCUAUACUUGUAAGCUGCUCCCGCCUGAACUCUGGCGUACGGCUCUGGGAGUCCGUCAGUCUGGGUAGACCUGUCCUGAAGGAUGAGGCACAGCAGGAAGCGGAAGAGGAAAUAAGCCAGAAGACUUGGGAAGCGAUGCACUUACAAGUCAAGGGGGACCUGGAGAAGAAGGAGCUUCAGGAGAGGCUGAAGGACUUAGCUGCACUUGAAGAAAAACAUGCGUUAUUACAGAGUGAGUUGGUAGUCGCAAGAGAGACACUGGAGGAAUCGCACCUUCAGAGGGAUCUGCUGAAGCAAGAGAAACAUCAGCUUACCAUGGCACUGGAAAAGGCAGAGCAGGCAGUAGCAGAGUUGACAGGGGCUCAGAAUAAGCUGAGUGCUGAAGCAGCUGAUCUACGUGUUGCAACAGCGAAGAUGAGCAGUAUGAAUGAAGCCCUUGCGCUGGAUAAAGUGCAACUGAGCAAACUUGUGCUGCAGCUGGAGCAAGAGAAUGAAGCUCUGUCAGGCAAAGUGGGCGAGAUGGAGAGAGCAAAGAUCUCUGAGCAGGAGAAGCUGACCUUGUGUGAACGAACAAAUGAAGAGCUCAGCGCAGAGAAAGCCCACCUGGAGCAGCUGCUGAAGAAGGCAGAGGAGCACCAGGAGGGGCUGCAGGUAGAGCUGAGGAGAGUGGCAGAGGAGAAGGCAGAAACCCAAGAGAAGCUCAGUCAGGUUUACCGCCAGCAAGAGUCGGCUAGCAGUGGUCUGGAGCAGCUGCGCCAGGAGUCCUCUCGCCAAGGGCAUGCGCUGGCCAAGGUGUGCAAGGAGAAGGAAUUGCUGGUGCACGAGAAGGCUGCCCUAGAGGUGCGACUGGCAGCCGUGGAGCGGGACAGACAAGGCCUUUCAGAGCAGCUGGCAGAGGCCAGGUCGGCGAAGGAGACCCUGGAAUCCAGCCUGUUUGAGGCUCAGCAGCGCUUAUCUCAGCUGGAGAUCGCCAGGAGUCAGCUUGAAGUCCAACUUCACACCGUCACGCAGGCCAAGGAGGUGAUCCAAGUGCUUCUGAGGAGUGAAGGAGCUGGAGACAGAUCCCUCCUACACUGAAAUUCAAAUGGCUUAAGGUCAGUAAAGUCAGAACCACUGUUUGGGCAGGCACUGAAUCUUGCCAUUUGUCGUGUUUGCAGGGGAAGUGAAGUGCCUUCAGUGUGAGCUGGAAGCGGAGAGGACUCUGAUGAGGCAGGAACGGGAAAAC